AUGACAAUGCGCGGGACGGCGGCGGGGGCCGUCCUCCUGCUGGCGCUGCUGCUGCUGUCCACGACGGUGGCCCGGGCCGAGGACCCGGACCACGCCGUCAUGGCCAGCCUCCUCGACGCCGGCCGCAACUUCGGCCGCCCCGCGGGCGUGCUCAUCAACGGCAGGGGCGGCAAGGAGGCGGCCGACCCGCCCAUGUUCACCUGGGAGGCCGCCAAGACGUACCAACUCCGCAUCUGCAACGUCGGCAUCAAGUCGUCGCUCAACUUCCGCAUCCAGGGCCACGACAUGAAGCUCGUGGAGAUGGACGGCUCCCACACGAUACAGGGCAUGUACGAGUCGCUCGACCCGCAGGGGUCCUACCACUACGGCCAGAUCAACAUCACCCGCACCAUCAAGCUCAUGGUCACCCGCGGCCACAUCGACGGCAAGCUCAGGUACGGCUUCAACGGCGUGUCCCACGUGGACGCCGACACACCCCUGAAGCUCGCCGAGUACUUCAACGUCAGCGACCAGGUGUUCAAGUACAACCAGAUGGGCGACGAACCCCCUGCCGUGAACGGCCCCAUGCACGUCGUGCCCAACGUCAUCAGCGCCGAGUUCCGCACCUUCAUCGAGGUCGUCUUCGAGAACCCCGAGAAGAGCAUGGAGUCCGUCCACAUCGACGGCUACGCCUUCUUCGCCGUCGGGAUGGGGCCGGGGAAGUGGACGCCGGCGGAGAGGAAGACGUACAACCUGCUGGACGCGGUGAGCAGGCACACGAUCCAGGUGUACCCGCGGUCGUGGUCGGCGGUGAUGCUGACGUUCGACAACGCGGGGAUGUGGAACGUGAGGACCAACCUGUGGGAGAGGCACUACCUCGGGGAGCAGCUCUACAUGAGCGUCGUCUCGCCGGCGAGGUCGCUGCGCGACGAGUACAACAUGCCAGAGAACGCCCUCCGCUGCGGGAAGGUCGUCGGCCUGCCGAUGCCGCCGUCCUACCUCCCCGCCUGA